AUGGUGAACUCCGCGCCCGUGAGAGGAGUGGAGAUCCUCGGAGGACCUCGCGGCGUUGGAAAGGAGCAAGUCGGAGGUCGGCAAAGACAGCGAGCUCAGCAUCGACUCAUUGCACCAAACAUCACCAAACAUCACUCCGCACUGAAUUGGCGCGAAAGUGGGACCGUUUAUAGACAUGCGCGGUUCUUGGUUCCGCAUAUAAAACGGAAUAAAACUUGCAACUCAGCGUUCGUGACGACUGUCCAACUGCAGUCCCCGACCUCAAUCCACCACCGACAGUCCGCAGCUCAGCGAAUUCUGGUAAUCUCCCUUUUCACAUCAAUUCCCGCGAAUGCUGCUCAUGUCCCUUUUCUUGCCAUGCCAGAUCCAUCCUCCUCCCCGUUCCACACCUCCUCCUCCUCAUCCUCUCCUCCUCUCCUCUCCACUCCCACCUCUACUUCGCUUCCCACCACGUGA